AUGAAAGAGGCGAGCCCUUACAUCUCAGUUUCGAAGUCCCCGUGGCUGGUUCCUAAACGCAGCACUGCCUGCUCAUCUAUCAUCAUCGAAACGGGAGACACCUGUGACACUCUAGCUGCAAAAUGUGGUAUCACCACAUCCGAGUUCUCGACAUACAACACCGACUCUUCUCUCUGUACAUCACUCACAAGUCGUCAGCCAGUAUGUUGUUCCUCUGGAACAUUGGAGCUUCCACUUGAGGCCAGUGACGAUGGCAUUUGCUAUAUUCACACUGUACAGCCUGCGGAUACAUGUGACCGGAUCGCGACUGCAUAUGGCAUCACGGUAGAUGAUCUGGAAACUUAUAACAAGGAUACAUGGGAAUAUGAUUGGAUUGGUUGUUCUAAGGGAUUAGUUGGUGGAGCUUUCAUUUGCUUAAGCUCUGGAUCGCCGCCGAUGCCGCAUGCUCUCCCGAAUGCAAUUUGUGGACCUCAAGUUCCGGGUACUGCACGUCCGAGCGAUAUGUCUGAUCUUGCUUCAUUGAAUCCUUGUAUUGCUCCAGAUUGCCAGUGUGUCCUUUCCAACGGAUUGUGCGGCAAUACCGUGGACGAGAAUUCCGGGUGUCCAACAGGCUCAGUCUCUACCUCCACCGUCCCUACAACACUAGUUUCCAGCAAAGUCCAAUCCACCUCAAGCUCCAAAUCAACAUCCGACGUGAUCGCAAUAACAACAGCAGACUGGACAACCACUAAACACUCUUCAACAUCAACAUCAACCCAAGAUGCAUCCACAUCCAGCUCAACCACAAAAAGCACAACCAAACGAGACUCAGACUCAGACUAUGCGCCCUGGGAAGUAGCCAUUUACAGUGAAGAGGAUUGCUCAGGAGACUACUACGUGCUCUCCGGAUCAAACCAAGAUUACGGAAACUGUCUCUAUCUACACGGAAACAGUAUCUCCAGCAAGCCGUCUUCAUCGGGGACGUGGUGUCGAUGGUUUACUAAUGGGGGGCUGGACUCAAACGAUUGCGAUGCAGGCACGAUUACUACACCUACUUCGUGGUAUUUAUCUGGUAUUUGUCAAGUCUUUACUACGACUGAUUGCUCUGAUCCAGAUGGAACGUCGCAGUCUUAUACUUCUGCUGAGAGUAGUGGAGAUUGUGCGAAUUAUAAGGAUAAUGUGUUUCAGGUUUCGCCUUGGGGUUCUAUGAAGUGUGGGGGGAUUUACGAGUUGUAA